GCCUGGGGGAGGCAUCCUCCCUCCCCGAAGCUGCUGCGAGUUGGGGGAACUCAGCUGUGGGGCUCGGAGAUUUGCCGUGGGGCAGUGAGGACGAUGGGUCCCGGGAGGUGCAACUGGGGUCUGGCGGCCCUGGCCUGGCUCUGGGGGGCAGCGGCGGCUGCAGCGGCCGAAGUGCAAGGUACAAAAAUGCGUCUCCCUAUUCCCUGCCUGCGUGGGGUGUGAAAACGAAGGUGUGGGGUUUUUUGGGGGGGUGGGGGGCUUUCAGGUUGUGUGCUUUUUCCCUAGCCCUGGCGAGUUCUUACGACCGGGCAGCGAGCCUCCCUUGGCAGCGUCCGUGUACUUGCUAACAUUUGCCAGGCGGAAAUUCAACCGGUGCAGCUAUCUCCCUCUCCAAACUCUUUUCUGGGUGGUCUUCAGCCCCCCACCCAGAAGAUGCCGUCUCCUCUGUGACUUUCAGGUGACCUUGGCUCGCUAGAGCUCAGGUGAAAUGCCACCCCGUAUUUAUUUAUUUAUUUAUUUUUAAAUCCCUUCCGAGUUUCACUUUUAACUGGGGGGAAAAGACUUCCGAGCAGCCUGCUGGUGUGACUUGAACUCGGAUCUGACACCCGUGUGCACACUCUCGACUCACAGGAUUGGCGAGUUGGAAGGGACUAUGAGGGUCAUCUAGCCCAACCCCCUGUGAAGGCACAGUUGUUUACAGCGUUUUUCCAAAUAAUACUACUACUAAUAAUUUUUUAUUUGUACCCCACCCUUCCCGGUUCAAAAAGCGGGCUCAGGGCGGCUAACAACCAAUUCGAAACACUUAAUUAUAAAAGCAGCAUAAAAUACAGUAUAAAAACAUGAAUAACAAUAACAAUAAAAAAUGAAUUAGCUAAUCCCCAGGGCUAGAUGGUUGAAUUGGUCCUACUUGGGCCAGCGAGGAGACCAGGGGAGAAUUAGCUGUGGGGUCCCAGAGCGGGUGAUCUUCAUAAAAGGGAAAGGGGAGGGAAGAAAAGGGAAAUAAAAGAUCAGACUGAAUUCAAAUUAAAGGCCAGGCGGAAUAGCUCUGUCUUGCAGGCCCUGCAAAAGGAGGUUAAAUCCUGCAGGGCCCUAGUCCCCUGGGACAGAGCAUUCCACCAGGUCGGAGCCACCACUGAGAAGGCCCUGGCCCUGGUGGAGGAUAAUCUGACUUCCUUCGGGCCCAGGACCUCUCAACUAUGUAAAUAGUAUUUUGGCACCUAGUUUCCCCCUCUCUCCCCCAUCCCCUAAUAAUCCCAAACCCCCAUAACUGAGGGGGCUGCAGAAGGGGGAGGGGCAAAUGGUGUUCGGAGGGGGGGAAUGUGCUUUAAAACCGCCUACUUGCAUUGAGGAAGUUCCUUCCUUCCUUCCUCUCCCCGCUUGUAGCAGCACCGUCAGAACAGGACUCUGGCAGAACCACAGACUCGUAGAACGAUAGAUUUGGAAGGGGGUUCCCAGGGUCAUCUAGUCCAACCCCAGCUCAAUAACCCCUGUUUCACCCCACAAGCACUUUCUGACAGUAAUUGCUGUUUGCAAGCAGAAGAAGCUUCCUCAGAAGGUAGAGGUUGGAUGGCCCCAGGUAUAAUAAUAAUAAUAAUAAUAAUAAUAAUAAUAAUAAUAAUAAAUUUUAUUUAUACCAUGCCCUCCCCACCCAAGACCGGGCUCAGGGCGGCUAACACCAGGUAUAAAAACAAUGGAUUAAAAUACAACUUGAAAACGAGAUUAAAAUGCAACAAUGCAGCCUCAUUUCUGCAGAAACUCAAAUCAAAAGUUCGUGCUUUCUUGCCAUCCAUCGCCGGCAUAAUAUUACGAGCCAGGGAGGGUGAAGGGCAGAAGGCAGAGGGCAGGCAGCAGAAGACGGGCACAUGGAGGGGUGCAUGGAGGCACAUCGCAGAAUCAAAAUAAUUGUGGAGUUCGAGGGCCAUCUAGUCCAAUCCCGUGUCCCUGAGAACUCGAACCCGUGUCCCUGAGAUUAUGAGCCUCCUUUUCUACUGACUGAGCUAUGAUUUGGGGCGGCUUCUUAUCUCCACCUCGAUGGCGGCGGUCGACCAAUCUCCCUCUUUUUCUUGUCCAGAGGAUCCUGCCCACCUCUUUUCUGAGGUCUACGUGUGCCAGCAAGAUUCCCUGCUCCCUGAGAUGCUUCAAACGCUGGACAAUGAGGAGCUCUUCUGGUUCAACUCCUCGGAGUCCGCCUGGCACCCCCGCCUCCCCGAUUUCCAGCCGGGGGUGCCGACCCGGACCCCCCAAAGUCACAUCCGGGUGCUGAACCAGCUCUGCAACGACGUGCUGAGCAACUUUUCGUACUAUUUUGCAAUUAUGCCGGAAGCGAAAGGUGAGGGGGGUUUCUUUGCCUUGGGGGGACGGAGGGAGGGAGAGAGCCACCAGAAACUUCCUCCAGCGAGGAAUUGUAGAAUGUAUGUUACAAUAAAAAAAAAAAACUACGAUAAAAAUAAUAAUGAGUAAAAUAAAAAAAUACAAAUAAUAAUGUAAGUAAAAGGACAGGGAGCCACCACUGAAAAGGCCACAUUCUCAAGUUGCCACCCUCUGCCCCCCCCAGGUAUUGCUCAGGUGAAGGUCUUCCCCCUGCAGCCGCUGCAGCUGGGCCAGCCCAACACCCUCGUCUGCUCAGUGACCAACCUCUUCCCUCCGGCGGCCGAGGUCACUUGGACGUACCAAGGUCAGCCCGUGACCCAGGGGGUCUCCACCCCUCCGGCAAUCCCUGUGGAGGACCUGGAGUUUGAGCUCUUCUCCUAUUUGGAGGUGACCCCCCAGGAAGGAGACAUCUACAGCUGCAACGUCAAGAGUCCCCGCGACACCUUCAGCAUCCAGACGUUCUGGGGUGAGGCCCUGCUCGCCCCCUCUCUCCCCACACCCUGCCCCGAAUGACCCUGGUGCUCUCACACACCCACCCCCGACUGACCCUCUGUCCCCUCUCCCUCCCUCCUGCAGUCCCCCAAAAUCCCGUCCCCUCGGAGCUCCUGGAGAACAUCCUGUGUGGCCUGGCGUUUGGGCUUGGCGUCCUCUUUGCCAUCGCCGGGGUGGUCCUGGUGGCAGUAUCCUGCAAGCGCGACAGCACAGGUAGAGCUGGAGGAGGCCCCGGGCCCCUUGGGGAAGGAGGAGGCUGCAGGUCUGGGGCAGGUGGAACCAGAGGCUUGUAGGGUCGGAAGGGGUACCCCUGAGGUCAUCCAUCCCAACCCCCUGCAAGGUCGCGUGGUUCCCUUUUCAUUCAUCUGUUUCCUUGCUGGGCAAAACGUGUACGCCGCUUGACGUGAAAUAUGGCAACCAUCAAAGAUUCCUGCAUUGCGGCGGGUUGGGCUAGAUGACCUUUGGGGGUCCUUCCCUCCAGUUCUGUGAUUCUACGACCUUUCUCUUUUCCAGAAUGAAAUCCCCAGUGUCGACCUGAAGGAGGGAUUUGGAGGAGAAGGAGCAUCACCUUUAAAGUCACCCCUCGCCCCCCCCCCACGGGAACUGCCCCCUCGGUGCCAGAAUCUGUCUCUGUAUGUGUGUGCCCAUUUGCAUUCAGUGAGCCGCGAACACCUGUCCGCCCUGCUUUGGUCACGUGUCUCCGUUGCCACUGGCUCCCGGCAGGGGUGGGAGAGAGGCCAGUCUGUGAACCCGGAGAGAAACGGCUGCCAGUCAGUGUGGGCAGUCCUGGGUGAGGCGGGUCAGUGAUGUGAGUGAGCUUCUUCUGCUCCCGUUAAAGUUAUUGCUGCUAGAGGAGCAGUGGGGUAAAUGAGGGGGUGGAAGGAGCAGAGGAGCAGAGCCCAACCAGGUUUGGAUGAAGCAGGGCUGGCUCAGAUCCCACUUCUGACACCGCUGUCGCACCAACCCCACUUCUGACACCGCUGUCGCACCAACCCCACUUCUGACACCGCUGUCGCACCAACCCCACUUCUGACACCGCUGUCGCACCAACCCCACUUCUGACACCGCUGUCGCACCAACCCCACUUCUGGCACCGCUGUCGCACCAACCCCACUGCUAGCACUGGCACUGUUGCUGCAGGUUUGUCAUGGCCUUCGGCUAGAACAAGAAACUUACAUAGACUGAAUAUUGCUAGCCCCACAACCAUCACUCACCCCACUGCUCACAUCGCUAGCACCACCACUCCUGCUCCUCCCAGCUAUGGGUCUUUCUCACCAGGAGAGGGGCACGGCUUGGCCCCAGAUCUAUUUUUUGUCCCAUCAGGACCCAGCUUUUCCGCCGCUCCCAGGGGAAUGAGAGACCUUCCUGGUCUGCCCCUGACCCUUUAACAGGACCUUCUUGUGGAGUACAGAGACCAUCACCUGCUAAUUGCUGCGGCAGGAGAGGACUGUACCACGCGAUUCUUCACAAUGGGCAGCUGGGCCCUGCAGCGCAAUUUUUCUUCUGUGUGUGUGGCAGGGCUGAGCCCAGGCACUUGUGAAGCGAUGGUGCCUCUGAGCAUGUUGAGAGUGCUGUCCAUUACAGCAAAGAAGUGCAGUUUGCCCCUUUUCAGCUUGCAGAAGGCAGCUGGGCAGAAGUAAUCCCCAGAACCCCUCUCCCUUUUCUACGUUUUAGCAUCAUAGACUCAUAGAAGGGACACCAGGGUCAUCUAGCCCAACCCCCUGCAAGGCAAGAAUAUUUGGCCCAAUGUGGGUUUCGAACCCAUGACACUGAGAUUAACAGCAACAAUAAUAAUUUUUUAUUUAUACCCUGCCCUUACUGGUUCAGAAAACCGGGCUCAGGGCAGCUAGCAACAAAUUUAAAACACUUAAUUGAUGCAACAACAAAAAACAGCAUAUAAUACAGUAUAAUACGUGAAUAACAAUAAAUUAAGAAUUCAGAAAUCAAUUUAGGGGGGAAAUCCAUCCAAUAAACAUUAGAUGAUCCCCAGGGCUAGCUGGCUAAGUUAGUCGUUCUACCAACUGAGCUAUCGGGGAUGUGGAAGCACAGGAGAUUUUUUUUUGGGGGGGAGCGUCACCACCGGUUGAAUUUCUGCCCUUUCAUACAGCAGCUAUGGGGAAGGCUUGAAUAUUCCCCGGGACCUUGCAGGGUGGUUUUGCCGGGCAACAUGAUAAAAAGGCAGUGGGCAUCUUCUUAGUUUUAAAAGGCGGGGGGAGACUGGGAGGCCCACGCAGGACUAAAGAGUCAUUGCAACUUUUAAAAGAGGGAGAGCAGAGAGAUGGAAGGACCAAAAAAAAAAAAGAUGGGGGGAAGUUUGUUUUUUGGGGGAUUGUUUUCGGAUCUUACGGACGCUGCACCUGCAAUUGUUCCUGCUCAGCGAUGUGUCCCUUUCCUUUGCGUUCCUGACGCCGGGUGCCAGGUGGAAUUAUUGCCAGGGGUGCAAAAAAUAAAAUGGGGAAAAAAGAAAAAAAACCAGAUUUUGGAACUAUUCUUUCGCGUCCUUCCUGGCGUUGCAAGCGGGAAUUGAGGCAGAAGAACCCGGGGCGGGGGAGGGGGGUGCCCUUGCGGGGGGGGCAGGGCCAGAAAGAUGGGGAGUAGGUCCAUGGAUGUGACUUGUACAGGCAAAGAAGGCGCGUUAUUGCCUGUCAGGUAGAAUUCCUCACGUAGAGCGCGGAGCAUAGAGCAGAGCUGGGGGCGGGGCUUGGUUAAGGGGGCGUGGCCGGGGGAAAUCAGAGCGGGGGGGAGGGGCAGGCAGUUACAAAACACAGCUGUCAACUUUUUCCUUUUCUUGCAAGGAAUCCUAUUCGGAAUAAGGGAAUUUCCCUUUUAAAAAAGGGAAAAGUUGACAGCUAUGUUACAAAAUCCGAGGCGUUUUCUUUUUUAAAAAAAUAAUUUUUAUUGAAGUUUUUCUGGGUUUUCCAAAGUACGUGCAUUGUCUCUCUUUUUUCAGUACAUGUCCUUUUUUUGACAAAUUUGCAAGGGGCUGCAAGACGGUCUCCUCCCCUUCACUUUGAUCUUCUUGCAUGGGGGCGGGGGGGGCGCCUCUCCCGUCUCAAAAAAAUAGCUCCACACACACCUGCGCUUUUUGUUCUUUGUUUUUUCCUGGCCCUGCUGUUCUCAUGCAACAACAUGACCAGGCUGGAAGAUCUGGGAAAGCUUCACUUGUGGGGGUUUCUGUUUAUUUUGCAAAAAAAUUAAAUGCCCUGAUUCCAGCUUAUUUAAAGAGUUCUGCUUUACAAGUUGUUUUUUUAAAAAAACAAAAAUGAGUGACUUCAUACUGUAUUUGCAAGGAAGAUCAAUAAAAUAAAUUUCUUUUUUCUUUGUCUUUUUUUUUAUUUAUUUUCACAUAAUAAAUUAUCCCAACAAUUAUAUUUUCCCCCAUUUUCCCCCUCCCUCCCCCCUACGACUUCCCUCAGUUCCUCUUUCUGAUUUAUUAACACAUAUUGUUCUCUGCUAAGUAAAAAUCUCUAAGUUAUCUAUCUAUUAUGUUAACAAAUAAAUUUGUCUAUGUUUAUUCG